AUGAGCGAAACACUCCUUUCCAUUCUGACUGCAGAAACCUGGUCCUGGGACCCAGACGAAUUCAAUCAAAUCGCAUUCAACAAAGACGGUACAGGCAUAGUACAUCCAACUUAUAUCCCCCAGCCCAACAUUCGUCUGGAUUGCCGCAGAAUUCGAGUGGAAGCCCAAAAAUCCAGAACACCUCAAUCAACCCAUCGACCUACCCACAAACCCACCCAACGCCCGUCUAUCCUCGCCCAAUUUAACAUCGAGAUGACGCUCACCACACGCCGUCCCACCACACUGGGAGAUUCGAUCAACCGUCGCGUCAUAAAUGAACAGCUCCUGACGGAUGCGGCGUUCCUGCCGAAGGAAUACACAGCCACAUUGGAGGCUGGGCGAUUUCUAUGCGCGUCAGAUGUUGGAGGUGGAUAUAGUGAUUCGCCACGGUACGGGGCUCGUUUGUCCUUUGAUAAGUCGCCGUAUCCGCCGCGGGAGGAGUGGAAGGAAGCAGGUGGCGGCGUGGAUGUGAAUAGGUUCUGGGAGUGGAGGGAGUUUUGCUCUAGGAGGCUUCCUGAGAAGACGGGGUUGUUUUCGUGGGUUUGGGGGAGUUUGGAGGGUUGA